UUUCAGUUAAACAUUUUUAUAGCCGAGAAUCAAUCAUGGGCAAAGUCAGGGGAUCAGCUCUUUACCGCCUGGUGCCUUCGAAAACCCUCUUCAUGCUGUGCGACGUGCAGGAAAAGUUCAAACCGGCGAUACCGCUGCUGAAUUGCCUCAUCGAAAACACAGCCAAACUGCUGGCAGCCGGCAAGGUCUUCCAAGUGCCACUGCUGGUCACCGAGCAGUAUCCCGAGAAGCUGGGCAAGACCGUUUCGGAGUUGAAUAUUGAACAUGCCUGUGCCAAUGUUUCAAAGACCAAGUUCUCCAUGCUGGUGGAGCCUGUGCGUAAGAGCAUGGCUGAAAUUUUCGGGGACAAGCCCAAGACGGUGGUCCUAUUUGGCCUGGAGACCCACGUUUGCGUGGAGCAGACGGCCUUUGACCUGGUUAAUGAAGAUAUCGAUGUCUGGUUGGUAGCCGACUGCUGUGCUUCGCGUCUCAAUCAAGAUCGGGACUUGGCUUUGGAGCGCCUGCGUCAUAUAGGCUGCAACAUUUCCACUUCCGAGAGUGUGAUAUUCAAUCUGCUGGGGGACAAGGAACACAAGUCCUUCAAAGAGAUUGCUUCUCUAGUGAAAAAGGUAUCGGCGGACAUGCAGCUUUGGCGGCCCUCAAAUAAGUGAACCAGUCGGCUCUUUUCAUGUCUUUCAUAGAGUAAACUAUCCGUUCAGAA